UGCGGCGGGAGGAAGUGCGGCUUGUUUUCUUUCCUCCGGCCUCGGGGCUGCGGCGCAGCGCGAUGCGCAGAGACCCCCGCGGGGGCGGCGGCGAGCCCCGAUGAGGUCCGAGCGCCCCCGGCUGCGCCGCAGCGCCCUCGGCCCGAUGGAGGCGCCGCCCUGGGACCCCGCGCGCAACGGCUCGCUGCCGCCCACGCUCACCCCGGCCGUGCCCCCGUACGUGAAGCUCGGUCUCACGGUGGUCUACACCGUGUUCUACGCGCUGCUCUUCGUGUUCAUCUACGCGCAGCUCUGGCUGGUACUGCGCUACCGCCACAAGCGGCUCAGCUACCAGAGCGUCUUCCUCUUCCUCUGCCUCUUCUGGGCCUCGCUGCGGACGGUCCUGUUCUCCUUCUACUUCAGAGACUUCGUGGCGGCCAACUCGCUGAGCCCCUUCGUCUUCUGGCUGCUCUACUGCUUCCCCGUGUGUCUGCAGUUCUUCACCCUCACGCUGAUGAACCUCUACUUCACGCAGGUGAUCUUCAAAGCCAAGUCUAAGUACUCUCCAGAAUUACUCAAAUACCGGUUGCCCCUCUACCUGGCCUCGCUUUUCAUUAGUCUCAUUUUCCUGUUGGUGAAUUUAACCUGCGCUGUGCUGGUGAAAACAGGCAACUGGGAGAGGAAGGUCAUCGUCUCUGUGCGAGUGGCCAUCAAUGACACGCUCUUCGUGCUGUGUGCCGUGUCUCUCUCCAUCUGUCUCUACAAAAUCUCUAAGAUGUCCUUAGCCAACAUUUACCUGGAGUCGAAGGGCUCUUCCGUGUGUCAAGUGACUGCCAUUGGUGUUACCGUCAUCCUGCUUUACACCUCGAGAGCGUGCUACAACCUGUUCAUCUUGUCGUUUUCUCAGAUUGAGAAUGUCCACUCCUUCGAUUACGACUGGUACAAUGUAUCUGACCAGGCAGAUUUGAAGAAUCAGCUGGGAGAUGCUGGCUAUGUGGUGUUUGGAGUGGUGCUUUUCGUGUGGGAACUCUUACCCACCUCCUUGGUAGUUUACUUCUUCCGAGUUAGAAAUCCUGCAAAGGGUCUUACCAACCCUGGAAUGGUCCCCAGCCAUGGAUUCAACCCCAGAUCUUAUUUCUUUGACAACCCUCGAAGAUAUGACAGUGACGAUGACCUUGCCUGGAACAUUGCCCCUCAGGGACUUCAGGGCAGUUUUGCUCCAGACUACUAUGACUGGGGACAACAAACUAACAGUUCCCCAGCACAAGGAGGAACUUCACAGCAAGACUCAACUUUGGAUCCUGACAAACCAAGCCACGGGUAGCAUCAGUUACACUUUAAUUGAAGAUUCCUUUGUUGAAAAUCUACAGAAAGACAAUUACAGCUGAGUUUUUUUGGGCGCACUUUUCCCUAAGAAAUAGGACUUGAUUUUUAUUUUAGGUUUUUUCUAAUGGCUCGAUAGGACAAAGCAAUAAUUUAGAUUGAUAAAUUCUUAUUUUCAGUACUAAUAAGCGAGCCUGACUAUUUCAUUGGGUAUAAUUUAAAGAAAAUCUGUACUUUUAUAAAAAUGUAUUUUAUAUAACUUAAAUAAUAAUGCUAAGAAUACUAGGGUUUUUCCUUGAGAAUGUUAUUGCAAUAUAUGUUGUAGUUUGCACAUCUUUUAUGCAUAAUUCACUUUAAAAAGUAUAGAAUACAUGGUUUAAGGCUUUUGGACUAAAGUCAUCCUUACCUCUGAAGGUCACUCAGAUUCCUCCACAUUAGUAGACUCCUAAAAUACAAUUCACAUCCAGAAAGCCAAUUGUGACUGCAAUAUUAAAUGACAUGGAACAUCAUCAGCCUUUAAGGAAACUGGCUCUUCAGAGUUUUCUAAAGAUCCAGAUGUUUGGUCUCAAUCUUAUAUUUGGCUAAAAGUCUGGUACUUCUUUUUAUCAGGACACCAAUGCAUGCACUUUGGUGAGAACAAGCUGAUUACAUUAACAAUGUAGCUGACUGACACUAUUAAACCAACCUCUGCUUUAUUCAUAGUGAUUUUGCAUAUUUUUUUCAGCCCAAUGAAAUUGAAUAUCCAUUACUUCAGGACUAUAGCCAGAUUCCACCUUUCCUAACUUGGCAAACAUCCACUUCUCAAGGAGAAACCAUGAGGUUCCCAAGAAGGCGUUAAUAUACCCCUAGCUUUUAGGUUGAAAUUCUCUGGAAUUGAUAGUUUUUCUGUAAUAUCCAACCACAUUUAAAAUGCCUCUUGAACAGCUCCACAAGCAGCUCAGCUGAAAGCUGCAGGGUUUGAAAUGGCAGUGGGGCUCCAAUAAGCUAUUGGGGUGGGGGAUUUUCCAGACAAUUGCUGAAAGAGCUCUCUAUGAAAUAUAUCCUGGACCAAAAGUGCCAUUGUAAAACCUCCAGACCUCCACUGUAUAUACUCUCGAGCUGCCCAUGGGGAGGCUGAAUGCUGAUUUUCCACACAGCAGACCUCCAGUUCUAGAGGAAGUAUCACUACUGUAGAGAAAGGACUAUUCCACUCCACCUCACCUUAGAAGUUUCAUCUUGGGACAGAAGGAAGGACAAGUGGUAAGGAUUUUAAGAUCUGUGGCUCCUACUUCCCACUCUGGUCUUCAGGAAUAACCGAUCUCUGGACAUUAACUUCACAUAAACAACUCUACUUUCUUCUCUGAUGGUCUUUAAACUUGGGAUCUCCAAAUUUCAAAUGGGUCAUGAUUGGGUUUUUCAGAAAACCUUUACCCUGCAUAAUCUCAGAACACAGUCUUUCUGAACAUGGAAUAAUCUGGGUCACCUAUUAUUUAAAAUAGUUACUUGCCAGGGAAAAUUUUACACCGAAGCAAAGCCUGCACCAAUCAUUCAGAUUGCCUUAAAACAGUAUUAUACGUUGUUACUCUAAACAGUGUUAAGAAACCCCCAUCGUGGUCACUUUCUUUUUCAUGUUUAAGGAGUUCAUAGUAUUAAGGCAAAGUGCAUAUAUAUCCAGGAAAGAGAACUCCAGGAUCACAGGGUGACUCUUGCGUGCUUUUGGGCCACAUUGUCUCCCACUGUGCUGGGAGAAUUCAGGCAGAUGCACCAUAUCCUGCAAGUAAUCUUUGUUUAAAAAAAAAAAAAGUCCUGCACCCUUCACUAUUUGGUCAGCUAAGGACUGGUGUAUUUAAAACAUGGUUUAAGGCUUUUGGACUUGCCCGUUCUGCCCUCCUCCUUUUAAAAGUAAUGCUAAACUUUUAGGAAUGUGUCAACCCACAAUGGAAUAUAAACAACUGUCAGACUCUCAUCCUCUCACAGAACCAUGUACCCUACAAGCUGCAAGAUGCUGCAGGAACACUGUAGGAAGGAAAAGCAAGUUUCCCGAGCUUCUGAAUUUACUUGCCCUGCAAGGUAUGCUAGCAAAACUGUUCUUUAUGUGGAAUUUUGAAUGCUAAGAGGGGCAGAGGAAUGAUUUCUGGUUCUAAAAUGCCCAAUGUUCCCUUGUUUUAAAAUAAAAUGAAAUUUAAACCCUGA